AUGUUAAAUUUUUUCUCAGCUAGAACCAAUUAUUGGAAAAACGGUACCUAAUGGAUGGGUAAAUUUACUGCUAGAGUAAUGGGAGAGAACAACUACGAGUAUGUUCGUUUAAAUAAGAGAAUAAUGUACGCAAGAUACUACUAUAGUAAAUAGCAGAUCCUAGGUUAAUUGUCUCUUGAAACUCCAGAUAUUGCAAAUUCUUUCUCUCUUUUGGCUAAGGAAGACACUUCCCAUGGCUUUCCAGUCUGGAGACCCUUGGAAAGACAAUCUGACUUCGCCUUGUAUAAUAUCAACUCUGAGGGAUGGUUUUAGAUAUGGAGUGUUAUUGCAGGGACAGUUGUCUUCUCAUAUUGGUUCUAUAUUUCUGAUUUUUACUUUGGAAUUGCAUCUACUGGAGUCGAUGAUGAAGACAAUAUAAGAUUGAAAGAUGCCAAAGCCAGUACUAUUUGGGAGAGAGUAAUGUGGUCAUGGACUUUCAUAGUGCAUGGAUAGCAUAUGUCUGCUCUUCAAAGAGAAAUUAAGUUCUUUGUACAUCACCCUGAUGAUCCCAAAUUAAAUGUUAAAACCUCCUUUAAUUUGAAGAAUCCUUAUGCUCCAGAUAGGUAUUACAAGGGAUGGGGUAAGAUGAGAGAUAUGAGGAUGAUGUGA